UCAGCGCAAGGAAGGUUUCCACUAGUUACCACAGCCACAAAUUGACUAUAUCGUAAAAUUCAUGAAAACUAAAAUGUGCUUUGUGUUCUUAAUUUAAGGUUAGGAGUAUAGUUUAGCUUUAUAAAUCACAUUUAAAGAAGUUACAUUGUAGAAAUACACAGGGUUUAUGACUUUGUGGCUGUGGUAAGUAGAAGAGACCGUGUAAAAUUGCUGCAAUGUUUACGUGUUGUCUGGGAUGCUGCGGAGAUGGGGGAACGGGGCAUCUUCCUCUCAAAGAAAUGCCCACCGUCCAGUUAGACACGCAUCAUAUGGGCACCGAUGUAGUCAUAGUGAAGAGUGGCCGGAGAAUAUGUGGCACCGGUUGUUGCCUUGCCAACGCUCCCCUGCACCAAAACAAGAGUUACUUUGAGCUCAAGAUCCAGUCCACAGGUAUAUGGGGGAUAGGUGUGGCCACUCAGAAGGUGAACCUGAACCAGGUCCCCAUGGGGCGGGACAUCAACAGCCUUGUCUUGAGGCAUGAUGGCUCGGUGUACCACAACAACGAGGAGAAAAACCGCCUGCCUGCCAACAGUCUUCCACAGGAAGGGGACAUCAUGGGCAUCACAUAUGACCACGUGGAGAUGAAUCUCUAUCUGAAUGGGAAGAAUAUGCACUGUCCAGCUUCAGGGAUCAGAGGCACCGUGUUCCCGGUGGUUUAUGUGGAUGACAGCGCCAUCUUAGACUGCCAGUUCAGUGACUUCUACCAUGCGGCACCGCAAGGCUUUGAGAAAAUUCUGUUUGAGCAGCAGAUCUUCUGAGCAGCACCUCCGUAUACCUCCAGACCUUUAUACAUACACACACACAACCCUCAGCUAAAAGUGCUCCUUGUUGCUCUGCAGAAAUCUGUGACCUCUUCGUUCCGACUGGUUUGUGUGUGUGUGUGUGUGUGUGUGUGUGUGUGUGUGUGUGUGUGUGUGUGUGUGUGUGUGUGUGUGUGUGUGUGUGUGUGUGUGUGUGUGUGUGUGUGUGUGUGUGUGUGUGUGUGUGUGUGUGUGUGUGUGUUGCGUUGCGUCCUGGUUACGCUCUGCUUUAAUGCUGUUCUGGGUCAAUGUGGGUAGUUUAGCUCUUGUUUGAUGCCAACACUGGAGCAGUAAGAAAACGGAUCCCCAGACAACAGUGAAUGGCAUAGAGUAGACCAAGUGUGGUGUGCAUUUGCAACUGAAAGACAGUCAAGUCAGUCAAUAUUUAUUUUAUUCAGUUAUAAUCAUCCUGCAUUGCCUCAAUCUUUUAUGGGUGCUGCUUCUUUCAGAAAAGAGAGUUUAAACAAUGUUAGUUGUUUUCUUAUUUAUAUUUAUUUGUUAAGCUGACACUAAUGUUCAAUGUUUUGUUUCCUUGAUAAUUUACUUCUAAUUCUAGAUUUAAUUAUAUAUAUUUUGAUUUGUUAUUUUAAUUAUGAUCUGUCUUUAAAAGUAAUUUGUCACGGCUCUGAUUGGCAUUCCAAAUAUCAGCAAUCUGGCGAAGCUCUGCUCAUUGGCUGUAUUUGGGGAUGUGACAUUUUCUCCAUAUCCUCCUUUGAAGCGUGAAAACGGUCUUAAAUGUUAAACGCUUAUUUUUGUUUGCACUAAUGAGAUGUUGAAUAUUAAACCAAAUACAAAUACAAUAAAGAAACUCUUUUGGGA